AAGAUCCAUCAGCGUGUCCAGCAUGAGUCCUUGGUCUCUCCUCCUGUCCAUCCUGGUUCUCUUGGCUUUCUUCAGCACUGCCUGCUGUCCCAUCUCAUGCAAUAACCAGUGCUGUCGUUUCGUGGAGGCCUUCCCUGCCAGGCUAAAGAAGCUCAGAGAGAACUAUUCACAAAUCAGAGACUUCUAUGAAGCCAACGAUGACUUGGACACAGCGCUGCUAGACCAGAGCGUCGAGGACUCUUUUAAAAGCCCGUUUGCCUGCCACGCCAUGAACAGCAUACUGGAGUUUUAUCUGAGCACGGUUCUGCCGACAGCCAUGGCCGGAGUGACGGAGGACACCAAUGACUUAAAGCCUUACAUGGAGUCAUUACAUCACAUCUUUAACGAGCUCAAGACGAAUGUCACCAAAUGUAGAAAUUACUUUUCCUGCAAGAAACAGUUUGACAUUGAAAACCUCAACUCUACUUACACUCAGUUAGAGAUAAACCAGGCGGCACAGAAGGCCAUGGGAGAACUGGAUACUGUGCUGGAGUGGCUGGAGGAACUCGGCCAGAAAACACACACUUGAUCAGUCAGAAACUCAGAAAAAUCAACUCUGCAAUCCCAAAGUGACUGCAGUCUCCAAGCUAACAUCAAAUAUGUCACUUCUGACUUGACAUUACUUGUAAGCAGAAGCCAAUGUACAUUUCUCUAUUUAGUACUUGAAUUAAUUUAAUAAUUAUUUCAUCCUGUUGUGGUCAUGGAUAUGUCUGUUGGGGUUGGUUAUAUUUCUGUUGCCUGUUUGUAUAUUUAUGUCUCGGUUCCCUGUGUUUUCUCAUUGAUUGUUUAUGCUUAGGUUUCUGUGAUGAUUGUUGGUUUCUGUUUUCCUGUUUUUGAUGUUUCCUCUGGUGAUUUUUUGUAUUCUCUUAUUUAUUGUGUAUUCUUCUGUUCUUUGACGAUUACGUAGGUUUCUGUUUUACUUUGGAAGUCUGGUUUUCUGUCUUGUCUAGUUUUACUUCCUGUGUUUUCCCGCCUUUUUGAUUACUACCCUGCUCACUCCUAAUGUGUUUCACCCGUUUGUCACCGGUUCUUCGUUUUCUCGUUUUUCUAGUGUAUUUAGUCUCUGUGUUCCCUUUGUCUCUUAUCAGAUCGUUUUGUGUUUGUUCCUGUCCCUGUUUGCUCCAGUCUCAGAGUUAUGUGUCAUAGUCUUACCUACGGUCUCUGUGCUGUUGUUUUGUUAUUCAGCUUGGUUUCCCUUUUUGCAUUUUGGACUUAGUUUUUGCCUGCCUCAGUUUGUUAUUCAGCUCGGUUUCCCUUUUUGCAUUUUGGACUUAGUUUUUGCCUGCCUCAGUUUGUACUCCUUGUGUUGUUUCUUGCAUUUUUGCAUUUUUGGAUUCCUGUUGGUUUGUACCCUGGAUCUUUGUGUUGGAACUAAAUCUUCAAGCAACUAAUCCUCAGGCUGCUCUCUGCAUUUGGGUCCACCAUUCCCUGCACCUCAU